UAUUUCAGAGGCAGUGAACUUGGUAAUAAUGCAGGGUUUCACUAUUAUGAUGGUGCACUUAAAAAAUAACCCCAGGUCUGUCUGCUCUGUGGAAUUGGCAAAAUUAGCAGAAAUGCUUCCAGUAGGUUUGUUGUAAUGAGUAUCUUAGUUACCAGAAAGGCACCCAAGUGAAUCCAGGUGAAAUGCCAGAGGCAGGUAAUGUGAGACCUGAAGUUGCAGAGGGCUCUGGGUUGGAUUGAGUCCAUUCUACCAGUCAUUUAACAGAAAACUGAACACCGGAGUAGGCUGACGAACAGAAAGAUAGACAGAGAGAGUAAAAGACUUCUGGGAUGCCGUUGGGAAAGAAAAUUCGACCCUCUUCUGCUGCUGGGAAACUAGAGAUUCAGAAUGUGUCAAGGAUUCUUGAUGAGCUGAGGAUUGGAGAAGAGCGAAAGACCAAGACUCUGGAGCCAGAGCAGCAUGGAGAAAGACUGCCCCCUGGUGUUGCUGGGUUGUACCUGGGGGGCAGUUUAGAGGACAGAUAUCCUCCUGAGUGGCUAGAGCGGGAGCUGUUGAGGCAGGAAAACCGACGCCACUCCUUAAACGUUGGAGACCAGGCCAUACUGAAGAAAUGUCUGCUCCCCAGUAACAAUCCCACACGCAGCCUCAACAAGCUCAAGGAUGACUUUUGUACCUACAUGCAAUUGGAAAACACAAAGAAGGAGUCAGUGUGGCGUGACAAACAGGUGAUGUUCUCCCUGCCAGCCACGGUCAGGCCCCUGUGCCAUGGAGAACCCAUUCUGCGCAUCCACUCUACCCCUGAUGGAACCAUCGUCACCAUCCGUGAAGAUGGGUCUGUUUACUACUGGAGCCCUGAGCUCUCCCUGAAACAGAACAAGACUGUCUUUCACGAAAGACCUGUGAACAGAAAACCAAAGUGGGCAACUGAUUUCAUCACAAUGCCACAAUACAAUAAACUUAUCAUUGGAACAGGAGACAGAGAGAUCCAGUUGUAUGAGUUGUCCUCUCUGGAGCCUUACUGUCAGAUAAAUGCCCUGGAGACGGUCCCUCUGACAUUAGACUACUGGUGA